UCUCCGGUUAUCCGUCGGGCGCGAGGUGCUUUCUGGAGAAUUUUCACGGAGCACCGCUAACCUUUCUUUUAAUCAACUCCCUGACUCACGCUAUAGCGCAGUAACACGCGCUUUCAGUUCAGACGUCACGCUAGGAUGCUAAUACACUUUAGUUUAUCGUUUUUCGCCUUGUUUUAUCUCUUCGUGACACCAGCAAACAGACUGCGGCUUAUCGUUUCUUAAUCGUAGGGAUCUCUCGCUCAGGGAGGAAGAUGUAAGGAACCCAUGUAAGGAGCUCCUGUAUUUCGUGCGCGAAAAUGCAGAAGGCAAUGCGACUCAAUGAUGGCCACAUCACCUACCUGGGUCUUUUGGCAAAAAAGGAUGGCACGAGGCGUGGUUGCCUAAGUAAGAAGAGCUCAGACAACACAAAAUGGCACACGAAGUGGUUUGCGCUGUUGCAAAACAUGCUGUUUUAUUUCGAGAGUGAAUCGAGUUCGCGGCCCUCGGGUUUGUACCUGUUGGAAGGCUGCCUGUGUGACCGGUCGCCAUCGCCUAAGCCAUCGCUCUCUGCUAAGGAGUGCUUAGAAAAACAGUAUUAUUUCACAAUCAGCUUCAACCAUGAAAACCAGAAAGCUCUUGAACUUCGCACUGAAGACGUGAAGGACUGUGAAGAAUGGGUAGCAGCAAUAACGCAUGCCAGCUACAGAAACCUGGCCACAGAGCAUGAGACUUUAAUGCAGAAGUAUCUCCAUCUGCUUCAAAUUGUGGAGACAGAGAAAACAGUUGCUAAACAACUUCGACAGCAGAUUGAGGAUGGGGAGAUUGAAAUUGAACGCUUAAAAUCUGAGAUUGCUGGGAUGCUUAAAGACAACGAGAAGAUUCAGUCCAACCCUGCCACUGUUCCCAGUGAGGAUGACUCUGAAAUUAAGAAAAUUAAAAAGGUACAGAGUUUCUUGCGUGGUUGGAUGUGUCGGAGGAAGUGGAAGACCAUUAUCCAGGAUUACAUUCGUUCACCGCAUGCUGAAAGCAUGAGAAAGAGAAACCAGGUGGUAUUUAGCAUGCUGGAAGCUGAGGCUGAGUAUGUCCAGCAGCUCCACAUCCUUGUCAACAAUUUCCUUCGACCACUCCGCAUGGCUGCUAGUUCCAAGAAGCCACCCAUUACUCAUGAUGACGUCAGCAGCAUUUUUCUGAACAGUGAAACCAUCAUGUUUUUGCACCAGAUAUUUUAUCAAGGCUUGAAAGCACGGAUAGCAAGCUGGCCAACAUUAGUCCUGGCUGACCUCUUUGACAUACUCCUGCCCAUGCUGAACAUCUACCAGGAGUUUGUUCGCAAUCACCAGUACAGCCUGCAGAUCCUGGCACAUUGCAAACAAAAUCGUGAUUUUGACAAGUUGCUGAAGCAGUAUGAGUCGAAGCCUGACUGUGAGGAGCGCACUCUGGAAACAUUUCUCACCUAUCCCAUGUUCCAGAUACCACGCUACAUUUUAACCCUCCAUGAGCUGUUGGCACACACACCUCAUGAGCAUGUGGAAAGGAAUAGUUUGGAAUAUGCUAAGUCCAAGUUGGAGGAGCUUUCCAGAAUCAUGCACGAUGAAGUAAGUGAAACAGAGAACAUCAGGAAAAACCUGGCCAUUGAGCGCAUGAUCGUCGAGGGCUGUGAAAUUCUCCUGGAUACUAGCCAGACUUUUGUUAGACAAGGAUCACUUAUCCAGGUGCCCAUGAGUGAGAAAGGGAAGAUUACCCGUGGUCGUUUGGGCUCCUUGUCUCUGAAGAAAGAGGGUGAGAGACAGUGCUUUCUUUUCUCAAAGCACCUCAUCAUCUGUACCAGGGGCUCUGGUGGGAAGCUGCACCUCACCAAGAAUGGAGUGAUUUCUCUUAUUGAUUGCACAUUGAUUGAAGACCUUGAAAGCACAGAUGAUGAGCCAAAAUCAGACAAGAACAGCCAAGAUCUGGAGCAUUUGGACUUUAAAAUAGUGGUGGAGCCUAAAGAUAGCCAAUCCUUCACCAUCAUACUAGUUGCCUCAUCAAGGCAAGAGAAGUCAGCCUGGACUAGUGACAUCAGCCAGUGCAUUGACAAUAUUCGUUGCAAUGGACUUAUGAUGAACGCUUUUGAGGACAACUCAAAAGUCACUGUACCACAGAUGAUCAAAUCUGAUGCCAGUCUUUACUGUGAUGAUGUGGAUAUCCGCUUCAGUAAGAUGAUGAACUCAUGCAAAGUGUUGCAGAUCCGCUAUGCCAGUGUGGAACGGUUACUGGAGCGGCUGACCGAUCUGCGCUUCUUGUCUAUUGACUUUCUCAACACUUUUUUGCAUUCAUAUCGCGUCUUUACCACCGCAGACGUUGUACUCGACAAGCUCAUUGCCAUCUACAAGAAGCCCAUCAGUGCCAUCCCAGCUCGCUCUUUAGAGCUGUUUUUUGCCAGCAGCCAGAACACUAAGCUACUCUAUGGUGAACCACCCAAGUCACCUCGUGCAAGCCGUAAGUUCUCCUCACCUCCUCCACUGGCACUUGGCAAGACGUCUUCUCCAAAUAGGCGUCGCAAGCUCUCACUUAACAUCCCCAUCAUCACAGGUGGCAAGGCACUGGACCUUGCUGCACUUACUUGUUCUUCCAAUGGAUACACCAGCAUGUACUCAGCCAUUACACCUUUCAGCAAAAACACACUGGAUAUUAACAAGCUCUAUGUGUCCAGCCCUAUCACCAGCAAGAUCAAUGAUGAUGCAGAAGGCAAAUCUGAGCGAACAGAAGAACCCUAUUUUGCUAAACAGGAUAUUUCAGUGAGGGAGGAAAGGGACAGCGACCCACCUCAGAAUGAUGAGGCAGAUGCAGAGGCUUCACCUACCAAAUCACCUUCAACGCCAAAAAGUGUCAAAUGCAAAACCUCUUCAGAUUUUUCACUGUUUUCAUACAACAAUGGUAUGAUGAUGUCAUCUGGCCGAGAAAUAGAGAACAACCGCAGUGCACUUUCAGCAGCAUCUGCUUUUGCUAUUGCCACAGCGGGUGCCAAUGAGGGCACACCAACCAAGGAGAAAUACCGGCGCAUGUCCCUGGCUAGCACAGGAUUCCCCACAGACCAGAGGAAUGGAGAUAAGGAGUUUGUAAUUCGCCGUGCAGCAACUAACCGAGUACUUAAUGUGCUGAGGCACUGGGUAUCCAAACAUUCCCAGGACUUUGAGACCAACACACAAUUAAAAAUGAACGUGAUCUGCUUCUUGGAGGAAGUUAUGCAUGAUCCUGAGCUGCUGACUCAGGAAAGAAAAGCAGCAGCCAACAUCAUAAGGACACUUACACAGGAGGACCCUGGUGACAAUCAGAUCACUCUGGAUGAUGUGCUACAGAUGGCUGAGGAUGGGAAAGCAGAACCCUUUGAAAACCAUUCAGCUUUGGAGAUUGCAGAGCAGCUCACCCUGCUGGACCAUCUGGUUUUCAAAGUCAUCCCAUAUGAGGAGUUCUUUGGCCAGGGCUGGAUGAAGAAUGACAAAAAUGAAAAGACACCCUACAUCAUGACAACGACAAAGCACUUCAAUGAUGUAAGCAACCUAAUUGCAUCAGAGAUCCUGCAUUGUGAAGAUGUUAACACACGGGUGGCUGUGAUGGAGAAGUGGGUAGCAGUAGCUGAUAUCUGUCGAUGUCUCCAUAACUAUAACGCUGUGCUAGAGAUAACCUCAUCCCUUAACCGCAGUGCCAUUUUCCGCCUCAAGAAGACCUGGCUCAAAGUUUCCAAACAGACCAAAACAGUGAUUGACAAGCUGCAGAAGUUGGUCUCAUCUGAGGGAAGGUUCAAGAACCUGAGAGAAGCUUUGAAAAAUUGUGACCCUCCAUGUGUACCAUAUUUGGGGAUGUACCUCACAGACCUGGCAUUCAUUGAGGAGGGUACACCAAACUACACAGAAGACAACCUGGUUAACUUUUCUAAGAUGAGAAUGAUCUCUCAUAUCAUCAGAGAAAUACGGCAAUUUCAGCAAACGGCAUACAAGAUUGAUCACCAAUUUAAGGCAUCCCUGUAUUUGCUAGACAGUAGCAAUGUGAUGGAUGAAGAAAGCAUGUAUGAAGCCUCACUCAGAAUUGAGCCCAAAGUGCCAAACUGAGAGGGAAGGCAUCUGUAAACUUAAAUGGUUGUAUAGCCCAUCAUCUAUUAACACACAGUAUUCUUAGAUUAUAUAUUUUGUGUUAUUGUUCCUGUAAGUUUUUAAUUCUAUAAGUUAGUAAAGCACAUAAGCAUUUUCAGAUUAUAGAGGAGUUACAGAUAUCAUGGUAUUUUCCUUUAUAACAGCACUUUCCACAUCCCAGUAGCAAAAAGAAACAAAUAUAUGUGUAUGCUCUCAGAUAAAUAUCUAUUGUUAAAUGCUUUUUGAGUCUCUUUACUGAUUCUGGUCAAACAUAAAAAAUUCCCACAUCACCCUUUAGUUUCAAGUAAUUAUCGAAUAUGUAAUUCUCUGAUGGAUUUAACAGCAAGCAUUUUUUUUACUAAAAAUGUAUAACUACACCAUAUAAUAAUGAAAAACUACUGUACCAGACAUUUGUACAUAGGUGAUAUUCCAAGGCACCAAUAAACAUAUAUCAGGUGUAACAAUAUAUACAUUAUACAACAUAUGAUUUAUUAUAUAUUGCAACUCCCAAAAUAUAUUUCACGUUGUAGUCAAUACUUGGAACACUCAGUUUAGUUAAUUAGUGACAAUUAGCUCUAUUUUCAAUGCUAAUGUGAGCAUAAUUGCUGAUUAAUGCUUGUGUGUUGCUUUUUAAAAAAUAUAUUAAAUUGUAAAAGGGUGAAAUAUUUUUUUUUCCUGUUAUAGCUGGUGUGAAACAAUUUAACUACAUAAUAUUUGUGUACAAGUCUAAUUGUCCUACAGUAUGAAACAAUUUGUUAUACAUAAAAAUUACUUUGAAAAAUUA